AUGGGUAUUUUACACAUAAUAUUAUGGGUUUCAUUUAGCACAAUUGAGUGCCUAUCACUUAAUUCUCAAGGAUCUCAAGAAAGAAAAGAAUUAAUUACUCAAAGAGGUUUCUACAGUGGACUGGGCUUUUCAUAUGUGUUAAUAAGAAAUAUGCCUUUUGGGGAACCGCUAGCAAUUCUUGCUGGUUUGGCAUUUUUGGCAUACAUGAUUCAAGCGUUUCACAUUUUAUAUACUAAUAACGGACUUUUAAAUAAUGUUUUGCCUGCAAAAAAUAAUUAG